UGUGGCCGAGUCACUUUGGAUGAAGGUAAAACAAAACAAUCCCAGUGUGAGUCUUCAGGAGCUCUUGGUGUUGCACCAAAUUCGUAUUUUCUGCUGAAUCUUGUUUACGUACAGACUGGUGCUUUCUGCCGGCUAAAGAUGCUGCGCCUGAAGUGGAUAUUUGCAACAACGUUGCUGAUCUUUUGUUUUGGCUUCUGUGUAUUAUUGUUAAAUCUACAGGAUUUCUGUACAAUUUGUCGUAAGAGAAUUUAUUCACCUUCCCUGAGAUCUGCUACAGUGAGGGAGACGUUCCAGUUGCGCCCCAAGAUACAGUGCGAGAGGAACCCCCCAUUCUUGGUGUUGUUGGUGACCACAACCCACAGUCAAAAGGAGGCACGGAACGUUAUCCGGCAGACUUGGGGCAAGGAAAGACUAAUUGGGGAUAAACUUGUUUCCACCUAUUUCCUUCUGGGCGCCGGCACAAACCCACGCCUGCAAGGGGAACUCACUGGAGAAAGCAACACUUACAAUGACAUUAUUCAGAGAGACUUCAUAGACUCAUAUUACAAUCUGACCCUCAAAACCAUAAUGGGGAUCGAAUGGAUUUGCACUCAUUGCCCACAAACUACAUUUGUGAUGAAAACAGACACAGAUAUGUUUGUUAAUCCAUUGUACCUCGUGGAGCUGCUUGUAAAGAAAAAUCAGACAACCGACGUCUUUACUGGUUCCCUCAGACUGCACGAUGCACCCAUACGAAAUAAUCACAGCAAGUACUACAUAAGCACAACCGAAUACCCACUGGCUAAAUACCCGCCAUUUUGCUCAGGGACUGGAUACGUCUUUUCUGUAGAUGUUGCACAAAAGAUCCAGAAUGUCUCCAGCACAGUCCCAUUUUUCAAACUGGAGGACGUCUUUGUAGGGAUGUGUCUGGAGAAAGUCAACAUCAACUUGCAGAACCUUCAUACCAAGCCAACGUUUCACGCAUAUAAAAAGCCAUUUACUAUCUGUAAUUAUCGUAAACUGGUCACUUCGCAUGGCGUCCGACCACGUGAACUUUACCUUUUCUGGGACGUCCUGCGAAGGUCAAGGGAUGAACAGUGCUGAAAGGACGGAACCUUUGUUGCUCCGUUUUAUCAAACGGAAAACAAAAAUUGACAAUCCAAGAGAUCUGUUAACAAUACGAUUUAAUUUGACAAGGACUGGCAUUUGUCUAGAGGAGAAAAAUAUUGCUAACAGUACAAUUGCCAAUUUAUGCAUAUUUGUAUUAUAUACUUUAUUGGGUGGGUCAGCUGUUAUUGAACUCAAAUAUUGUUUGUUUGGACUUUAUGUUGGAUCCUUGAAGAAAUUCAGUUGCCAAUAGUAGGGUAACAAUAGAGGAAGCCCAAAGGGAGCUAUAGGCAAUCAGCUUGCGGAAUGACAGAAAGUGCAUGGAGGGAAGGGGGUCGGUAGGGAUUGCUACUCUGUACUCGGCCACUGGUUGCCAACCAAUGCUCUAUAGAUGCGACGUUAGUUCCGUGUGCUCCGGGGGUUUGUUAUAUAUAGUAAUCACACAGCUGAAUGCUCCAAAAAGGAGGAAAAUGUUGAAAAGGGAGUUAUACUUGUGAUGCAAUGUCCUUCGAAUCAUAGUGUAAAUCUGUAAGGUUUAUUAACAAAGUUGCAAAUACGGUUGGCACCU